AGACCGGAGAUCUUGCAACUGGAGCAGCAUGGCCAAGCCUUGCGGGGUGCGCCUGAGCGGGGAAGCCCGCAAACAGGUGGGUAUCUUUAGGCAAAAUCUUUUUCAGGAGGCAGAGGAAUUCCUCUACAGAUUCUUGCCACAGAAAAUCAUAUACCUGAAUCAACUCUUGCAAGAGGACUCCCUCAAUGUGGCUGACCCGACCUCUCUCUGGGCCCCACUAGACAUCCCCAUCCCAGACCCCCCACCCAAGGAUGAUGAGAUGGAAACAGAUAAGCAGGAGAAGAAAGAAGUCCCUAAGUGUGGCUUUCUCCCUGGAAAUGAGAAGGUUCCUUCCCUACUUGCCCUGGUUAAGCCAGAAGUGUGGACUCUCAAAGAAAAAUGCAUUCUGGUGGUCACAUGGAUCCAGCACCUGAUCCCCAAGAUUGAGGAUGGAAAUGACUUUGGGGUGGCAAUCCAGGAGAAGGUGCUGGAGAGGGUGAAUGCAGUCAAGACUAAAGUGGAAGCCUUCCAAACAACCAUUUCCAAGUACUUCUCAGAACGCAGGGAUGCUGUGGCCAAGGCCUCUAAGGAGACUCAUGUCAUGGAUUACCGGGCCCUGGUACGUGACCGAGAUGAGGCAGCCUAUGGAGAGCCCAGGACCAUGGUGCUGGACCUGAGGGCCUUCUGCGCUGAGCUUUAUCAUAUCAUCUGCAGCAACCUAGAGAAAAUUAUCAACCCAAAGGGUGAAGAGAAGCCAUCUAUGUACUGAGCCCAGGGCCAGAAGGGAAAUAAAUGACCUAUGCUUUGUGU